AAAAAAGCAAGAAAUUGUCGAGAAACGGGUCACCAUUUAUUCUCUCUCCCUCCAAUUCCAAACCUUCCCUUUUCUCUUUCUUGGGAAAAUCAAAUUCUGCAACUUUUUUUUUUUUAGAAACAAGAAAUUGUUAGCUUUUUUUUGCUUUUUUACUUCUGUAUUGUGAAGUUUAUUUCACACUUUUUCUUUUGUUGUGUUUCUUUAGUACCUUAAAAGUGUUAAAGUUAUCAUCUUUGUCAUUUUUACUUAUUUUGGUUUAGUCCAAGAACCCAUUUUUUUCAUUUGGGUGUUUUCUUUUUUCACUUUGGUGUCUGUAUUUGGAGUGUAAUAGUAAUAAAGUUGUCUUCUUUGCAUUAUUUUUCCUAAAAUUUGUCAAGUUCAAGAACCCAUUUUGGUCUUUGCAUUGAGUUUUGAUCUGGGAAUUUUGUGUUGUUUUUCUUGUUUGUGAUAAAGUUGUUGUCUUUUUGCUAUUUCUGCUUAAGUUUUUCAAGUUCAAGACUAGAUUUUGCUCUUUGAAUUGGUAUCUGGGGUUUGUUUUUUCUUCCUUUUUCACUUGGAGAAACUUGAAAAUGGCGGAAGGUUCUUCAAAUGUUCGAUUGGUUCGUUGUCCUAAGUGUGGAAAUCUUCUACCUGAGCUUCAUGACUUUUCUGUUUACCAGUGUGGUGGUUGUGGUACUGUUCUUAGAGCGAAAAAUAAGGGGAUUUUGGACGAUGGCUUGUCUGAGGUAUCAGAUGGUGAAAAGAUUAGAGCAGUUCCUGAUAGAGGCGAUGUUGCUAUGAAUGUAGAUACUGUUUCUGAUUUUGAUGAGGAACAUAGUGAGUUUCAACAAGGUAGGACAGAAGGGAGAAGUCAAAAUGGAAGAAUGGUAUCACGUCGUCAGGUCAUUUCAGCAUCCGAUGAUAAGGAAGUUCCGGAUGAUUUUGAUAAAGCCAGAGAGGGUAAACCAAGUUUAGUUAGUUCGAGGGUAGAUAGGUUUAGAAGAGAGAACUAUUAUGAUUAUGAUGAAUGUGGUACUUCUAAAGGCAAGAAGGAUAAUAGUGUUGGGGUGGAUAAUUAUUGGGGAAAGAUUAAUACUGUUGAAUCUGUCGGUCUCAGUGUUAGAAAUGAGCUUAAGACGGUACGGCCUUCGUCACUAGGUUCAGGACCACCUAUGGACAGUCGGUACAUGGAAAAAUCUUAUGCAAAUGGUUCAAAUGCAACAAGGCAAGGGAAGUUCAGCGCUUCUCCAUAUCCUAAGGAAGGGCCUUUAGAAAAUGACAUGGGUUCUUACUAUGGCUCUGUUAACCAUAGGAGGUACAAUGGUGGUUUGGACGGGGUAGCUGGAGUCGCAGACUUGGAGAGCAAUAGAGCAGAGCUUUUAAGGAAGAUUAAUGAAUUAAAGGACCAACUUAGCCGAACUUGUGAUGUUACUGAGAAACCUAAGGAUAGGGUUCCUGUUGAUGGAAGGAUGGCUUCAACAUCCGUUGAUCCUUCUAGCAGGUAUGAUGUGCAUAACCAGGGGUCUUAUGGUGCUAACAGACAUCCCCUAGGUCCAUCUAAGAAUGUUCGAGAGCGUCCAUACACAUAUGGACAUCAAGGGAAUGUUCCUUAUAAGGGUGCACAUGGUUCAACGAUGCCAGACUCUUAUCCUUCAGACAGCUUUUCACAUGAAUUUCUUGGAUAUGGAAUGGAAUAUCGCCAGCAAAUGCACAGAAAGCCUCCCCAUCAGAUGCCAUAUCAUCAUUUCCCCCCAACAUAUCCUGAACAUUAUCCUGGGCAUCACAAUGAUAACUUCUUCAUACCACAUCCACAUGAAACCCUUUUCCACCAAUCUGCAUGCUCUUGUUCACAUUGCUCGAACCAAAAUUAUCAAAUUCCUCCAGUGAUUCAACCAUCUGGUUUUGUCAGCCGAAGAUCACGAAAUGGCCCUGCUAAUCCCAUUCUACAUCACCACAUGAACUCUGUGGGUUAUGGUCCAGGGGGUUAUACAUCUGAAGGCUCCUCUGCCCUUAAUAAGAAUUAUCAUGAAGGGCGGCGACUUACAAGAAGUUCUAGUGACCUGGAGUCAGAAAAUGGUGGUCUUGGUCAUCGGCGUUAUCCUAGAAAAGUGGUUGUUGCUCAUAGAGUUGGACGUGUAUAUCAACCUAUAGCAGGUGGUGCCCCUUUCAUUACGUGCUGUGGCUGCUUUGAGCUGCUGAAGAUUCCUAAGAAAUUAAUGAUAACAGGAAAGAAUGAGAAGAGAAUGAGAUGUGGAUCCUGUUCGGCCAUAAUUCUAUUUGAACUUGGUAGCAAAGAGUCGGGUGUUUCCUUUUCUACACAAGUGAAACAACUGUCUGCUGAGUUUGCUCCUGGUACCAGUGAUGUGCCAAAUGAGAAUCUUCAAAAUACUAAUGGUUGUUUGAUAAAUGAUGAGAUGACUCCUUGGUCUGAUGAUUAUGAUAAUUCUAACUACCAUUUCACCGAUACUAAGCUACAGUCACCUUCCAGGAGUCAGAAAUCAAAUUCCACUGAACUCGAGAAGAGGUAUAGUGCUCUUUCUUCACCAUCUAGUCAUUCUGAAGAUGAAUUAAGCCCGGAGAGUGCGAUUGUUAGACAUGAUCUUGCUCACCGUGCUGAAAUGCCCCUAGAAGAUGAUCCUAUACUGCUCCUAGAUUCUUCUCAAAACGACCAUGCUUAUAGUAUUUCUCCCAAAGAUGUGGUAGAAAAAAUCAGGAAGGAGGACAUGAAGGAACACACUGAUCAAGAGAGGACCAUACUUGAUAGAAGUACCUCUAGGCAGAAUUCCAUUAAAGAUGUAUCGAUGGCAGUGGAAAUGGAUGUCUCGACGAAUGAAUUUGUACAUAGUGGUGUAUCUGUGGAAUCAAAUCAAUCAAGCAAAGAGGAAAAUUUAUCAAAAAGCUAUAAAGGAGGUCAGUCCUUCAUGGGCUUUAUAAAAAGGAGCCUUGGAGAAUUAUCAAGAUCUCAUCAAAGUUCAGAGAAUGGAAGAUCAAAUGUGUUUGUAAAUGGCAGAGCAAUACCAGAUCGUGUUGUUAGGAAGGCGGAGAAGUUAGCUGGGACCAUUCAGCCAGGAGAUUACUGGUAUGACUACCGUGCUGGCUUUUGGGGAGUGAUGGGCCAUCCCUGCCUUGGCGUCAUUCUGCCAAAUAUUGAAGAAUUUAAUUAUCCAAUCCCAAACGAUUGUGCUGCUGGGAACACAGGGAUCUACGUGAAUGGACGCGAGCUCCAUCAGAAAGAUUUAGAUCUUCUUGCAAGCAGAGGUCUCCCUAUAACGAAAAAUAAGUCUUAUUUCGUUGAGAUUUCAGGAAGUGUUAUUGAUGAACACACUGGUGAAGAACUUGAAGGCCUUGGCAAACUUGCCCCAACGGUUGAAAGAGUAAAGCAUGGAUUCGGUAUGAAAGUCCCAAAAGCAUUUGCAGAGCAACUAUGUUAGUUGAAGGCACUUCAGUUUCUUCUUUGGUAUGUAAACCUGAAGUGAAUCAGAUAUGAAGUCUGUGUAAACUAAAAUCUGCAGAAUUUUGUAAAAAAGAAAGUAAUCUUAUUUGGUGACAAAACUUAGAUCAUUUAGUUAUUUAUUGAUUUAUCUUCUUUAAUGUAGCCUUUCACCAAUUGGAUCACACACUGUUCACUUCUGGUUUGUGUUAUAUAUA